UUGGAAUGAAGGUAGUAACAAGAAUUUCGAUUAUCGGUUCGACGUAAUGAUCGAUAAUGAUGCUGUAUCUGUCAAUUUUGACGUUUGUGGUGAUUUUGGCCGCACGAGUAUUAUGAAUGAAUUUGCUCUUAUUAUUGGCAGAUAUAAAAGUAUUCGCACAGUUAUAACAGUUUUAGUGGUGGUUUGCGAAUGAAGAGUAACAUUAAAUACCUGCGUACGACGUAAACUGUGGCAUGGUGGUGUAAGGUAUUCCGUUUGCCAAAGCUAAAUAUUUCGUUUAUGGAAAUGGUUUUGAUGAAAUUGAAAUGAUUCUGGAAAUCGAGUAACUUGGUCAUAAUGGCUUUAACAGCUUUGCCAAAUAAUCCAAUGAACUUCACUGAGAAUCAGCACGGAAAUGUUGUGUUGGAGAGACUGAGGGUACAAAGGGAACAAGGAAGAUUUUGUGAUGUGACUUUGUAUGUCGAAGGGAAGCAGUUUCGUGCACACAGAAAUGUUUUGGCUUCUUGCUCACCAUAUUUUGAUUCCAUAUUAAAAAUGCAUCGAACAGUUAAAGAGCGAUUGACAGUUACGUGCCAGAACUCUGAUAUAUUCCAGUGUUUACUUAAUUAUAUGUAUACUGGAUCAGUAGUAAUAGAUAAAAAUAAUGUUACCGAAUUGUUACGCCUUGCUAAUCACUUUCUUGUAAUGAAGCUUAAAAGCUAUUGUGCUGAAUAUUUGGACAGAUACUUAGAUAUCACAAAUUGUCUGUCAGUUAAAGAAAUGGCAGAGAAGUACAACAUGCCUGCAUUAUCUAAGGCAGCAACAUUAUUUGUACAAGUGCAUUUAAACAAAGUGAUAUUACAGGAUGAAAUAUUAACUUGCUCAUUACCGAAAAUUGAAGCAUUUCUUUCUGACAAGGCCUGGACUGUUCCUCAGAAUGCUAUUCUAGGUCUGAUUACCCGAUGGAUCAAUUACGAUGUUAAUUUAAGGGAGCGCAAUAUGAAAACACUCUUAAUGUUUGUGAAUUGGAAUACUUUUGAUGGAGCUGCUAUAUCUGAACAUAUUGAUCGUGAACCAUUAUAUUCAGCCAGUGAGGUAUCACUCUACUGCAUUCUUCAAACUCUUGUUGAAAAUAACCUUCUGUUUCCAAAAUAUCAGAAUAUUUACCAAGUGCUGCAGGAUAAAUUCUCGCAGACUGGGAUUACGUUUGAUAACGAUUCAUUCUUGAAUAUGGCAGUCUCAUCAUCCAUGGAUGGCCUGCAGGAAUCUAUCUCUGAUGAUGCAAGUACAGGUCAACAAAUGAUAACAAGGACACAGGAAUCUGCAACUGAGCUUCCAGAUGAUGCACAUAUUAAUGGAAUAACUGAGAGAAAAUCUGAAAAAUGUGACACAUGCCCAUCAGUUCCCAAAACAGUGAGAGUGAAACAUAAAUUAAUAUUAUGCCGUUCACGUCGUAGAUGCAAGCAGAAAUUUUUUGGAGCUCGUCCAGGAGCUCGUCUUGCGGCCCUUAAGGCUGCAUUAGCUGCCAGAAGAAACAAAGGAAUUCAACAGAGGCAGGAUACUGGAAGUGAUGAUGAAGGGUUAGGAGAUAUGCCAGAAGAUGGAUUGGGUUGUCAUCUCUGUUCUCAUGUGGCACAUGAUACCACACAUCUAGAACAGCACUUAGCAAUAGUUCACGAGAAGGAUGUCACAUACAAAUGUGGUAUAUGUGGCUUCAUAUGCCAGUGGAACAAAGAUUAUUAUGGCCAUAUGAAAACCCACUUCCAAGGUCCACCUUUUAAAUGUGAUUCUUGUGAAUACACGUGUGACCGACUUCACCUUGUGAUUACUCAUCGUAUGAAGCAUUCUGAUGAAAGGCCCCAUCGCUGUGAUUGUUGUGGAUAUCGCUGUCGAACACGUCCCAAUCUUUUGGUUCAUAUGCGUUGCCAUACUGGGGAUCGUCCAUACAAAUGUGAGACCUGUGGCCGAGCAUUUGCAAUGAAGAGUACCUUGGAGCAACAUUUGGCAAGCCAUAGCAAUGAUCGUCCUUAUCUUUGUGAUAUAUGUGGCUUUUCAACAAAGUACCUUAGUCAUCUAAUAGCCCAUAAAAGGAUUCAUUCAGGUGAUGUGUACAGAUGUUCAUAUCCACAAUGUAAAUAUUCAACACCAAAGAAAUCACAACUAGGAUCACAUGCUCGCACUCAUGCUGGAGUUCGCCCACAUUCAUGCAGUAUCUGUGGUCGUGGUUUCCUUGAGAAGAGCCACCUCGUAAGACAUGAGCGCAUUCAUCUUGAGGAAAAGCCGUUUAAAUGUACUCAGUGUGAGUAUGCAAGUUCACGACGGGAUAAGCUUAAGGAACACUUCGGUCGCCACCAUGGAGAAAAUGCAUCAGCUAAAGUACCAUAUAAGGCUCGUCCUAUGAGGGGAAAUGCCUCUUCCUCAAAUGGGAGCAGAAGUGCAAAUAAGAAUUGCCAGGAUGGCAACAGUGGAACUUUCAGCACCACCAACAACAUUCAGGAUAGAAAUACUGCCAAUCCACAGCGUCAACCUCUAGGAGGUGGAGAAUUGGACCUUAUGAUGCAACAUCAUGGGCCUAGUUCUGCAUCUUCAUCUACAAACAACCCCUCUCAUCCUCAGCCCACUUCAGGAUAUCCGAACUUCCCAGAUGGUCAUCAUUCUUCCAUAGAUUUCCAUGGCCAUCACCACCAACUCUUGAAUAGGCCAGCUUCUAAAACAGAUCACCAUGGCUUACACCAUCAUCAGAAUCCAUCACACCAUCACAUGCUUCCACCAAGUGUUACAUCUUCAAGGUCACAACAUCAUCAAACAUCAGCUGCAGCUGUAGCAGCCAUGAUGUUAGACCCCAGGUUCCAUCACCCAAAUCCAAGUGGAGCCUAUCAUCCUGCUCCACCUCCUGUGUCCAUGGCAGCAAUGGUGGCACAAAGUGGGACAAAUCAAAAUCAGGCAAUUUCUGGACAACACCACCAAGGAGAAUAUCCCUGCAUGCCUCUGUUCUAAUUUGUUAUGAUAAUGAGACAGGCAAUCUGUGUGUUUCUUGAUGAUUCUCUAGGUUUGUCACAAUGGCUGAUUCAUUAUGCUUGUAUUAUAUUGCCUGAGGUAUAUAUUCUGUGUUUAGGGAGUUGACUGUACUCCCAUUCCCAGGUGAAUGUUGUCAUAUCGACAUUUAAGAUUGAACCAAAGACAUCUUAAAAUACUAUGCUAACCAUACACAAAAGGAAGUCUGCAUAGAGAAGAAAUUCAGAGUAUGACCAGCACUCAGAUCCUGAACAGUGCUAUGCAGCAUAAUCACAGAAAAACUACCAACUGUCCCGUUCUGUGAUGCACAUUUCUUUCACUGUGAAAUAGGUAUAAAACUCGGUGCAGAACAGUUCACCUACAUGGAAAAACUCUGAAUUAGUGCAUUUAGCAGAGCAUUUCAAUCAGUGGAAUAUAUCUGUUUAGCACAAAAUCAUUAAGUCAGCAAAAGGCCUUGUAAAAGGCAUGUGACUGAAAUCUAAAACCUUAAAGGGUAGAAAGCAUAUGACAUUCAAAGAACUGGGAUUCUUGGUUAGUAAGCAGGAUACACAUACCUCUAAUUGACUGUCAAUCUUCAUAUUACUUAAUCUUCUCCAUUGGCUUUGAAUUGUAAGAAUAAUUAAGGAGAAAUAUUUCGUGUGGAUAAUUACAUAUGUGAAAUAAAAUGUGUAUGGAAGCAGUCAUAUUUUUAGUUGUUUUUUAUUGCUAGUGGGGUGGGACUGAGUCCCUUGUACUGUGGCCACUUCUGGCCAAUUGUACC